AUUUUUCUCUCUCUUUCUCUCUCUGCUGGCAUCAUCAUUACCUGGCAGAGCAUGGUGGCACAACUGGCUAUGGGUUCAGCUGCUUUGUAUGCUUUCUGUUUCGCUUAACAGCUGUGAGCUUAAGAGCCGUGUGGUUUCACCAACUUGGGAGAAGGAGCUUACUGAAGGAUUGCAGCUCAGUCAGCUGUCAAAUGGAUUGUUUUUAGAAUUUUCCUGUUUUUAUUUUCUGAAGGAACUUCAGGAAACUGAUAAGGAAACCGAAAGGAUCUGGAACUGGAACUAGAAGCACACAGAGAUGUUAUCAUUCUGAAGUCAAUAACUAUAGGCCCUGAAAUUAUAAUCUUUUAUAACUUCUCAUAAGUGGCAUUUCGUAAACACCUUGUGGUUUUGCUUGUUUAAUCUUUGCAGGCUAUGCUGGAAAUACCCACAUCACCUUAAGGAACUUGAGUUGGACUUCUUGGAACUGCUGUUUCCUGCUGCUGGAGAAACACACUGCUCGUAAAUCAGGAACUCCAUUAGAGUACAACAGCAAGUACAGCCAUACUGAUUCUGUAAACAAAAUAUAAUCUCCUCUGCAUCUACAGAGGAAUUUACUGAAUACCAUCAUCUCAUCCUUCAAAGAAACCGUCUAAAACCUUUCGCAACACAGAAGAAAGAAGAACCUGGAUGAACAGACUCCCAAUGAAAAAAAAGAUACUUCAGAUACUUUCCAUUUGUUCCUCCUCAUCUCUUCACCCACACGUCGUCUGAGGGAGUAGGACUUUUCCUCUGGGCUUUAAUCUGACACGCUCACAAGUCAUCUGACAAAGUGCAAGCAGCCGUGCGGGUCAGAACCCCCCGAGCUACAGAUCAAGGCUGGGUGAGAGGGUGUGAAGUGGGCCGGUCGCGUGCACCUCCUUGACCAUGAGGGCUGGAUGAAGAGAGGGGAGGGGUGCAGGCGAAGGGGUCAGCAGCACCUUCUUCUGGCUGUCUACAACUAAACACACACACACACACACACACACCAAAAUAACCCCCACAGAGGGAGGCUGCCCGGCGCGUGCAGCCUGUGUUAGGAGCUGGACACACUUCAAGGGCAGAGAGGACCACCACAGUGACAGAAACUACAGUGACAGACUCAAGUGCUGGACCUUGACUCUCCACACAGACGAUCCACAGAGAUGGCUUUAGAAGGCUCAGUGCAGAACAAAAGAUUUUCUUGCACCAUGACAAUGCAGUUGACUCUGACGUUGUUCCUCUGGAGCAGUUGUUCAUUACUUUUCACAAACUGCGAAGAGCAAGACGCAUUUCCAACUCCUGCUUUGAACUGCUCAUGUGAACUUGGUCACGGGAAGUGUGCAGAAGAUGGUGAAUGCAGAUGUGACCCAGGAUGGGGAGGACCUUUCUGUGCUGACUGUGUGCGGAUGCCCGGCUGCGUUCACGGCUCCUGCCACCAGCCCUGGCAGUGCACCUGUGAGGACGGCUGGACAGGCCGCUUCUGCGACAAAGAUGUUCAUGUGUGUGAAAAAGAGGAGCCAUGUCAGAAUGGGGCCAACUGUACUCUAAAUGAAGCUGGAGAGUACCACUGUCAGUGUCCAGAAGGCUUUCAUGGGAGAAACUGCGAGUUAAAAGCUGGACCGUGCCAUAAAACCAAGUCCCCCUGUAAGAAUGGCGGUCUGUGUGAGGAUUUUGGUGGUUACGCACCAGAACUGUCCUGCCGAUGCCUGGUUGGUUACACAGGGCCUCGCUGCGAGACCAACAUGGAUGACUGCCUGAUGCGUCCCUGUGCCAACGGUGCCACCUGUCUGGAUGGUGUGAAUCGCUUUUCCUGCCUGUGCCCGGCUGGUUUCACUGGCCGGUUCUGCACUGUCAACCUGGAUGACUGCGCCAGCCAGCCCUGCCUCAACGGAGGCCGGUGUAUCGAUCGUGUCACCUCCUUCUACUGCCAGUGCCCCCCUGGGUUUACUGGCCAAACUUGCGAAGUUCCACUAAGGGUAAAGGUGCCCUAUACACAAGCCCCACACAGGAACUCUGGCUGGGGGGGAGGUGGUGGAGGUGGGGGGCUGGGUGGGGUUACCCAGAACAAGCCUGACAUGUCCACUUCAGGAAAUCGCUCGCAGGGGAUUACCAGCAAUGGUGGCGAAAGCCGAUUGUUGAAGAUCUCUGUGAAGGAGGAGGUGACACAUAACGCUGCGGCAGGACUAUCUGAUGUGCAGCUCAUAAUUGUGCUGGUACUAGGGGGAAUGACUCUGGCUGUAGUGGCACUUACAGCUGGGCUGGUGCUACAGGGACACUGGCAGGCCUUCUGCGCCUGCAGGCGGUGUAGAACGCCUGCCUCCCAACAACAACACUCAUUCCAGCAAUGCCACACGCAGCAGCGGCACCUAGCUUCCACCCAGCAGGACUGCAAGAUCAGCUUCCUCCACUCCCCGGCUCCACCUCCUGAGCUGGAGAAGAAGAGACUAAACACUGAGGUCAUAUGAAAUCACUCCCCACUUUUAUGUGAGUUCCAGGACACAAGAAUUCUUGAUUUGAAGACUUCUUACUGUAAAUGAAGACCAAAGGCCACAAUCAAGAUCAGGAAAACGAACUGUAGAGGAACUAAUCCCAAUUACAUACAAGUAUAUAUGUAAAAAGUUUAUGGGAUAUAGUACAGGAACUAUAGGAGCUUCUGUCUCUGACCAAAAUGACCUGCCACGAUCACUCGAAAUGAUGAACGAUGUGAAGAAGCAGAUUUGGGAAUACAGGUUUACCCGGGACGAUCAGGAACACUCCUAGACUGAUCACAAAAAAGAAGCACUCCACAGAAAAGCAGGAAUAGCACUUGAGUGACCAUCACUGACUAAUAAUAGUCGGAAUGAGGGGGUCAUAUAGCACUGACAAAGCAUUACGAGGAAAAUGCGUGUAACAGGACUCCAAGAACUUUGUCAGUACGUGGUGCGAACUGAAAUGGACCUAAGACUGGAAUUCUAGAAGUUCUACACAAAAAACUUGUUCUACUGAAUCAGCAAGACAAUGUAACAUCCACAUUGUUAAAGUGGCUCAUCUAAUCUUUUGACAGUUUUAUUUGCCACAAUGGAAUAAUGACAUGAACUACAGGAAACAGAGUCUUUAUAUCCUUCUAAAUUAUAUAAUAUGCUCAUUUGGAGACAACUGCCAUAUAAACAAUAAUGUAAUUUGUGAUGUUUUAUAUUUGUGCAAAUGUGAUUUUUGUAUAAAUGUUGUAAUAUUUUCAUGGUCACUGUUAAUGUGGUAAUUUGUUAACAAGUACUAAACUCUUAAGAUAAAACGGCACAGAAAGGCUUGUGAAAAUGUUCACUGAUGCAGUGAUGAACAGUAUUUAAAUCUAACUUAUUUCUGUAAUUUAUUGGUGUAAUGUGCACUUGAACUGUGCAUUGUGUAUUUUUGAUACAGAAUUGAGUGUAUUAAAACUAUAAACAGAGGAAUGAGCUCUCUUGUAAAACACUGGAAGAAAAAUAUCUGAGAAAUAUAUGGGAGAAAUAUGUCUAAAAAGUUCAAGAAUAUGAGGUAAUUUGUGCUUUUUCAAAACUUAAAACACAGGUGUUUUAUACUUAAGCUUUCUAUUACUGUAAGUAAGAGAUAUUGAUUGAUAUUUCUGAUAUUAAUAUGGAUUAAAACAUCAAAUCACCCAAUAUGCUCGAGCAAAGUGACAAUGAAGAAGAUCAUCUUUAACUUGUUUUUUCAACAUUUUAAUUGCAAAUAAAAAAAUGAGGAUUUAUUGUAGACUGUAUCCCACAAAAGUAUUCAGACACCCCUUCUAACAGGUAAAUUCAUACUAUAAUGUUUGCCCACUGCUGACAAAGGUGUUCGCACUUGUCAUUUAUAUAAUCCCCAAAGAAAAGCACUGCCAUUAGUAUGGGUUGAUUUGGAACAGCCAAUCAGCACUGUUCUGUUUACUUCAGAGCUGUGAAUAAUGUCACUACAUUCUAGAUAAAACACAAUCAUAUAGUUUUACACUAUAUAUCACUGUCCCAAUUAGAGCUGCCCAAUAUAUCCUUUCAGCAUGGUAAUUACACAAACAUGUGCACAAGUGCAAUAGUCACGUGGCCGACAAAUUACAUUUUUUUUUUAUCUUUUUUGCUGCUUGCUACAAAGAAAAAUCACAAUGUCAUUAUUUUUCAAUAUCCUGCAGCCCCAGUCUCAGGUUAGCUUCAUUCAUCAUUAGUUGAUAAUGCAUUAUACAAUAUUUUUCACAUAUAAACAGCAUAAAAACACAUCCACAGAUAAAGAUUAGGCAGUACUGUAAGUACGACUGAUUUUAGAGACACAAACAGAUCCAAGUGCUCACGUGUUGCAGCAGCCAUCUUGGAUUUUGAAUUUGAAAUAGGAAAGCAGUGUAAAUGUAAAUUUAAAACUAAUAAAA